CCCCACUCGGAAAUGACGUAUCCAGUCUUCCAUCGCUGUCAAGGGCAUCGAAAACUAACGUUAGCUAACCCUAGCAGCGGCUGUCCACACGUGCAUUUAACGAAGGUCGAUCAAAGCCACCGUUUUCGGUAUCGACUGCCGUGGAAAUGGACGGGUUCGGUUCAGACUUCUCGGCUGGAGGAUCAGGCGGUAAAAUGGACACCGGCGUCAUCAUGGAGCAGGUGAAGGUCCAGAUCGCGGUGGCUAACGCUCAGGAGCUGCUGCAGAGAAUGACAGACAAAUGCUUCAAGAAGUGUAUAGGUAAACCUGGGAGCACGCUGGACAACUCUGAGCAGAAAUGUAUUGCCAUGUGCAUGGACCGGUAUAUGGAUGCCUGGAACACUGUGUCCCGAACAUACAACUCAAGGUUACAGAGGGAAAGGGCUCGCAUGUGAACAUCCCUCUCUUCACCCUUCCUCAGACUGCUGCUUACAGUGAGGGGGAGCAUAGGGCACCGUCGGAGGUCACGAGCUGUGCACAGGUGUGUUGUGGCAGCAGCACACCGUCAACGUCUGUCAUCAUACCUCACAAACAGGCAAGGAAAGCCUGUGGACUCUAGCCAUAACAAUGUCUCUGUGGACAUUUUGAUUUUGCUCUGAGGAACAGUUCAGUAACCAACUUUGAUUAAUUAUGUUUUUUUGUUAUAAAUAACUAAUUUUCUGGUUAACAAGUAAACAUGCAUUGUUAAAAGCUGCAACGUGCACAGAUAAAUUGGGAUCUCUGAUUUGCUGAUCGAAGUGGAUGUGAGUGUGAAUGUGUUAGCCUGUACAUGUCAGCCCUGCGUCUUGUGCAGGCACAUUGCAUGCUGGGAUAUGCUCUAGCCCCCAGUGCUCCUGAAUAGAAUAAGCAGUUAAAGAAAUAAAUGUAUUGUUGCAACAUGUCAUUUAUAAAUUAGUAAACUUCAGCACUAUGGCCUUUUUUUUUUUUUUUUGGACAUAUUUAUGUAAUAUUAUGUAUUCACUAAUAUUUGGCUUCAAUAGAAACGCUUAUUCAGCCUGAGAUCUUCCUGCCAUCAAACUUAGACUGAAUGCUACUUGUUUUCAAUAGCCUGUAUACCAACAACUGUAAACAGGACUGAGAUCUCUUGUCACUACAAUUUCCCUGUCAGGAUUGUGCCCAGAUUUGUUUUCCAUUCUUUUCAUUGUGAUCUGCUCAGAGGGAGACUCAGUAUUUGUGCCUAGAGAAUAAGCAGCACGACUGGAACCCUUAAGGGACAACACAGGCUUUCCUUAACAUGCUGUUACUCUAAAAGAUUUACGUAAAAUAGCCAGGAAGGAUAGAGGAGCACCUUGGUGUUUUCACAACCGUGAACCUGACAUUAACAAGCCUCUUAACAGUCCGAUAUCAAAGUACGCCUGGAGAACAAAACUGUUUUGUCUGACACUGUUUUCUAGUUGUCACUCUAUAUGCCGCCCUCUACAGUAGUGGGCUUUUUUCAGCAGGGUGUACCUUGCUGUAGACAGGUUUUUUGUGUGCAGUUUGUCAGAUGUCUGUGUACCAGAAUCCCUUUUUUCUGUCCUGCUGACUUUGUGUAGGAAAGUAAGAACCAGAAAAACACAUGAACAUUAUUUGCAGUGUGAUUGGAGGUUUGACUGUGAGCAAAUGGAAUGAUUUUCAUGAGAAUAAAGCUUGUCAAUCAGGUU